UGAUGUUUACUUACUGCACUGAGUUGCUCACACUUCAGUCACAUAAUAGCUGAAGCGAGUGGCACACCUCAGGCAGUUGUACCAGCAUAAACCAACAGUAGUGUUGGAAGCAAAGCCUGCUGAAAUCAGCUGUUUGUGCUCUAGAUUCAGGCCACUCAGCUUUUAAAAAUGAACUGGGCUUUUUUUCAGGGUCUUAUUAGUGGCGUGAACAAGUACUCGACAGCAUUCGGACGCAUCUGGCUGUCGGUGGUGUUCAUCUUUCGUCUGAUGGUGCUGCUGGUGGCAGCAGAGAAGGUGUGGGGCGAUGAGCAGAAGGACUUUGACUGCAACACCAGGGAGCCAGGCUGCCACAACGUCUGCUACGACUAUUUCUUCCCCGUGUCUCACUCCCGACUGUGGGCGCUGCAACUCAUCUUUGUCACCUGCCCUUCUCUCCUGGUGGUCCUGCAUGUGGCCUACAGGGACGACCGUGAGAGGAAGCACCAGCUGAAGUACGGUGAGGGCUGUCCCCACCUCUACCAAGACACCAGUAAGAAAAGAGGUGGGCUGUGGUGGACAUAUCUCUUCAGCCUCAUAUUUAAGAUGUCCGUGGAUGCCGUCUUCAUCUUCCUCGUCUUCUACAUCUAUGAGGCCAACUUCUUUCCUUUGCUGGUGAGGUGUAAAGUGCCUCCCUGCCCUCAGGUGACAGACUGCUACAUCGGCCGCCCCACAGAGAAGCGCAUCUUUACGGUCUUCCUGGUGGUGAUCAGUUUAGUCUGCAUCUUGCUGACCUUGUGUGAGAUACUGUACCUCGUUUGUAAGCGCUGCCAUGAAUGUGUCGUUUCACACAAGAUCAACAAACCAGAGAGCCAAAUCCCAACCAUCUCUUCUCUGGCUAGCAAACAAAAUCAAGAAAACAUGCAGGAGAAGUCUCUGUUAGACAAAGCUAACGGUCAUUCCCCCACUGAGGACAUCAGCGCUCCGGCUUACAGUUUGGCCAUCUCCUGAACUGUGUCCAGAAGGUUACAGAAAAUACCAUGAAACCAAGAGAGGUGACCAAAGACAAGGAACUGUAUUACAUUCAAUUCGUGUAAACUGUAGAUUUUUUUUUUUGUUUUUUAUGUGUUUGUAUUUGGCAAUGUUUUAAUGCCGUGAUGAGAAUAUCAAAUUAAUAUAAUCGUGUGAUAUGUAACUAAAAUAUGGAAAUUGUAUUGGAAUAAACAUUAAUUAAACAAAUCUUC